AUGGAGCGGUACGAGGUGAUCAAGGACAUAGGGUCCGGCAACUUCGGGGUGGCCAAGCUGGUACGGGACGUCAGGACCAAGGAGCUCUUCGCCGUCAAGUUCAUCGAGAGGGGGCACAAGAUUGAUGAGAAUGUUCAAAGGGAGAUUAUGAACCACAGAUCUCUGAGGCAUCCGAACAUUGUUAGAUUCAAAGAGAUUGCAGGACUUAACAGAGAUCACUUAGUUUUUCAGGUUGUGCUAACUCCCACACAUUUGGCCAUAGUUAUGGAAUACGCUGCUGGCGGUGAGCUAUUUGAAAGGAUCUGUGGUUCUGGAAGAUUUAGCGAGAAUGAGGCUAGGUUCUUCUUCCAACAAUUGCUUUCUGGAGUUAGCUAUUGCCAUUCCAUGCAAAUAUGUCAUAGAGAUUUGAAACUAGAAAAUACGCUCCUGGAUGGGAGCGAAGCACCCCGGCUCAAGAUAUGUGAUUUCGGUUACUCCAAGUCCUCUGUGUUGCACUCUCAGCCAAAAUCGACCGUCGGUACUCCUGCCUACAUCGCCCCUGAGGUCCUUUCUAGAAGGGAAUAUGAUGGAAAGGUCGCUGAUGUCUGGUCCUGUGGAGUAACACUAUAUGUGAUGCUUGUCGGCGCUUAUCCUUUUGAGGACCCAGACGAACCGAAGAAUUUCCGCAAGACAAUUACUAGGAUACUCAGCGUACAAUACUCGGUACCUGAUUACGUCCGGAUUUCGAUGGAGUGCAGACAUUUGCUGUCCCGGAUUUUCGUGGCAAACCCUGAGCAACGAAUAACCAUCCAAGAGAUCAAGAACCACCCGUGGUUCCUCAAGAAUCUGCCGAUCGAGAUGACCGACGAGUACCAGAUGAGCCUGCACAUGGUCGGCGUCAACGCUCCCCCGCAGACCCUGGAGGAGAUCAUGGCCAUCAUCCAGGAGGCGCGGAUACCGGGCGACGGUUCCAAGUUCGCCGGGCAGCUGUCGGUGCCCGGGCUAGGGAGCAUGGAGCUGGACGACAUAGACGACGUCGACGCGGACGUCGAGGACAGCGGCGACUUCGUGUGCGCGUUGUGA